ACGAAAUAAAUAAAUAUUAAAUAGAAUGGUAGUUUACUCCUUACGUCACCGUAGCCUUCCAACUUUACACAAUCUUCUUUUCUCCUCAGAAAUUGUACUAAAACAGUUUAAUUGGAUGAUAAUUGACCAUAAAUUUCUGGUUUAUUGCAAUUGGUGAAAAAGGGUCCAUAUUUUUCCAUAUGAUUAUUAAACAAGAACUUUUCAAAUCUUGCAGCAACUUCUGUUUUGGAACUUCCUUGGCACUCAAGUGACAGCUCGUAGAAGGUUGUAUAAUUUACAUAAUGGCAAAGAAAGCUGAAUAUGUAUUCCUUGAAGAAUGGCUAUGCAGCAGCAGUGGCACCCACGAGAAUACGACGUUGAGACAUCCUCCUUCGACAUCAGCCCAAAAUAUCAUCCGAGCAUGGGCUGAUCUUAGGGACUCCCUUCACAAUAAGUCAUUCCAAUCAAAUCACCUCCAAUCUCUAAGGACACUCGUCAAUGCGCAGUUCUCUCUUUAUAUUGCUGAUCCACAAGCAAAGCUUCUUCUGUCUAUUUUGUCCUCACAAAAAGUCUCCCUUCCGCAGGAAUCUUAUCCUUUAUUUGUCAGGCUUCUGUAUAUUUGGGUUAGGAAAUCAUCUAGACAUUCUCCUGGGGUCAUUGAUUCAGCGGUGGAGGUCCUCUUGCAUCUUUUCUCUGGACAUAUUCAUUCGAACAAAAGCUUAUCUUUCUUCUCUGAAGGUGUUCUCCUCCUUGGUGCUCUUUCUUUUGUACCUUCAGCAUCCGAAAAAUCUAAAACGGUCUGCUUGAAAUUGCUCUGCCAGCUCCUUGAAGAAGACUAUAGAUUGAUCGGCUUGUCUGAAAGGGCAAUCCCCAAUGUUCUUGCAGGAAUUGGCUAUGCCUUAUCUUCUUCUGUGAACAUUUAUUUUGUUAGAGUUCUCUGUUGUUUAAUGGAAUUGUGGGAUAAAAGUGAUGGUCCUUCUGCUAGUGUGUCCAAUGGGCUCAUGGUACUGCAUCUAAUGGAAUGGAGUUUUCCAAAUUUUAUCAAUUCCCACUCUGCAGACAAGAUUGAUCUUUUCAGUAGAGAGGUAUUGAAGAAUACACAACCAGCAUUCUCUUUGUUUGCUGUAGUCAUGGCUGCUGCUGGAGUAUUAAGAGUCAUCAAUAGAUCUGAACAGAAAGCAUUAAUGGAGUUAAAGACUUCUGCAGAGGGACGUAUCGAGAUUAUUGCGCAUGGUUUAGUUUCUAGUGCCAGAGAUGCUGAUUAUGCUACCGUGGAGCCAAGAAACUCCUUUUUGUUACAGUGUCUAUCAUUAGCUUUAUCUAAAAGUGGUCCAUUUUCUUACCAAGCUCAUGUGUUUCUAUGCCUCACUACAGCAUUGCUGACUGAAAUCUUCCCCUUGCCACGUAUUUAUGUCAAAAUCCAAGAAUCACCUUCUGGAAACUUGGUGGGAUUAGUUCUCAAUGAGGUCCAGCAACAUCUAGACAGCAUUAUUUUUAAGGAAGCAGGGGCCAUAACUGGUGUUUUUUGCAAUCAAUAUGUCUUGGCAGAUGAUGAAAACCGAAGUAUAGUAGAGGAUAUCAUAUGGAAUUACUGUCGGGAUGUCUAUAUGUGGCAUCGGCAGGUUGCUUUGAUGCUUCGAGAUAGGGAGGAAGCACUAUUAGGGAAUCUGGAAAAAAUUGCUGAAUCUACUUUCUUCAUGGUUGUGUUCUUUGCCUUGGCAGUAACAAAGCACAAGUUAGGUUUAGGUGCUCCCCAAGAAAUUCAAAUGAGACUUUCAGUGAGGAUAUUGGUUGCAUUUUCUUGUAUGGAAUAUUUUCGCAGAAUGCGUUUGCCAGAGUAUAUGGAUACGAUUAGAGCAGUUGUUACAAGGGUUCAGGAGAAUGAAUCUGCCUGUGUCUCAUUCGUGGAGUCUCUUCCAUCUUAUGAUGAUUUGACAAACCAAGCUGUACCUACUAGCUUUCAGAAAAUGGAAUAUCUUUGGACUACUGAUGAAGUGCAGACUGCUCGGAUAUUAUUUUAUCUGCGAGUAAUCCCAACUUGCGUAGAAUGUAUACCAGCCUCUGUAUUCCGCAAGGUGCUGGCUCCAACCAUGUUCCUAUACAUGGGGCAUCCAACUGGGAAAGUGGCUAAAGCCUCACACUCAGUGUUUGUCGCUUUCAUGUCCUCUGGGAAGGAUGCUGACCUAGAUGAAAGUGUUACUUUAAAGGAGCAACUUGUAUUCUAUUAUGUCAAGAGAUCUUUAGAGGGAUAUCCUGGGUUUACUCCUUUUGAGGGACUCGCUUCUGGAGUUGUUGCACUGGUUAGACAUCUGCCUGCUGGAAGCCCGUCUAUAUUCUAUUGCAUCUCCUGUCUCAUUGAAAAAGCUGAUAGCCUUUGUAGUUCAGUCAAUACUACUACAAAAAAUGACUUGUGGAAGAGUUGGGAUGGAGAGUUGGAGCAUUUCAAGCAGAUGUUGGAUUUGCUUUUACGUCUCCUUUCUCUUGUUGAUAUACAGGUUCUGCCUAGUUUGAUGAAGUUACUGGCGCAGUUGGUCGUUAGAUUACCUUCCAAUGGCCAGGAUAUGAUUCUCAAUGAGUUAUAUCAACAUGUUGCAGAAUCGGAUGAUGUUAUACGGAAACCGACCUUGGUUUCAUGGUUGCAGUCACUUUCUUAUCUUUGUUAUCAAAAUACUAGCAAGAAAACACCAAAAGGGGUUGGACAAGUAAUACAUGAUUCCAUGUCAGGGACUAUGGACUCAUUAAGCAUGAAUAAAAUCACUGCACGUCUAUAAACAGUUGAGAGCAAAUUCAACAUUCAACACCAAGGGAUGAGUUCUGGGUGCUGCCUCCAGAUCAGUUUCUGUGGACCCAUAAACCUGUGUAAAAUGUGUUGGCUUCUGCCCGUGGUUGCAUCCCUUGAAGAUUUACCCUUUGUUCAUGAAGACUUGUGUGCGCUUUGAGAUGGUAUCGACACAAACUUGACCAACAGAUUCAGUUCAGCAAGAGGAAGCGGUUGCUCCUUUAUACCAACUUCUGGAUGAGGAAAUUGCUCCGUAUCUUGCUCUUGGACACUUGAUCAGGCUCUCAUUAUCUCGCCCACUACUUGUUUUACUUGGUAUUUAUGUCUGGAUUGUGAAGCAGCUUUGUCAUUGCUCAUUCCGCAGUGGAUGGUGGCCUCUCUUCCUCCAACAAAUUAAUUUCAGGAAUAGAUUGAAAAUGUUUUAACAUAAACAUCAUACGACUUAUGGACUAUACGGUUUUCUGUUUGAUUAUUCUGAAUUAGGAAUAUUAGUUUGUUAGCAGAAAUUGUUGGCAAACAUUAUGAAGCGCGUCUUCCCUCAGCUCACUCUUGUAGUAGGGGACUGGAGACUUCCAGAGGUGUAGGUUUAAUUGGGUUUUACUUGGUGUAUAUAUCCCUUUGCUCUUGAAUAAAUGCCCCAAUACCGAAUUCAAUGUGGUUUGACUCAUUUUA